AUGUCCCACCUGGUCAACCUUAUGGAGGCCUUUAAAUGCGUCAGGGCAGAGAUCGAGCCCCAGAGCAGUAAGCGCGUCAAGCACAUUCGCACAGAUGGUGGUGGAGAGUGGAAGAAUGCAAUGUGGGACACGUACCUUCAGACCGCAGGAAUCAUCUCCGAAGUCACUACUCCCCACUCUUCUGCACAGAAUGGCAUCGGCGAACGGGGUAUCUGCACCACCAUUGAAUUGAUGCGCUGUAUUCUUGCUGAUUCUGGGCUGCCUAAGUCUCUGUGGCCAAAAGCAACCGAGAUGGCAACUUACCUCCAAUGGUUUCAUCCCAAGAAGCGAACCGGAGGAAUGACACCAUGGGAGGUUUUCCACAGUGUUAAGCCGGACUUAUCGCACCUACGCGUUUUUGGUUCCGCGGGCUAUGCGAAGAUUGUUCCUGCAUCUGCCAGCAAUGGGAAACUCAGCUCACAAACCCUCAAGGCCCAAAUGGUCGGAUACAACAGGACCGCCGGUUAUCAGAUGUGGGAUGCGGCAAGGAGGAGGCUCUUUGAUGCAAGGGAUGUGGUGUUUGAUGAGGGUGUAGGACAUUGGUCGCAGGCUGCGACAGCAGGGGGAGAAGAUAUUGAGGCUGUCGAGCCUACUCCGCACGUUCCUAUCCAAAUCACUGUCUCUCCUAAUACUGACCAAAGUAUCCCCCCUACAGAUGUCCCAAGUGUGCCAGAUCCUGUGGACCAACAGUCGGAUCCUAUCCAGCCAAGACGUCCAGCCCGUAAAACCGUGGCUUCCCAAGCCCAGGAGCGAGCCUCUGCCACUGAGUCGACCAAACUAGCUGCGAAAGCAGCUGGGGAGGAUUGGGCGACUGAUUUGAGACGGCCCAAGCAGAAGACGCGAGCUGUUGAGGCUCACAAUAUUUCGACUCUUCCGAUUCCGCAGAGCUAUUGGGAGGCGAUGAAGCGUCGUGAUCUCUGGCUGGGUCCAAUGGAGAAGGAGGGUCAUCUUUAUCGAUUCAAGGCUGCGCGACAUAUGCUCCGGAAGAUUCUACUACAACCCAUGACCAGUGUUCCAUGCGACUCCCCUCAUACCCUCGUACCUCUUACCUCCUACCCUGCAUCACCGCACCGCUACGCCCGCUAUAUCCUCUUCAUCCUUAUCACCCCACUUACCCUUUUACCGAAUCAUCUAGUCGUCCUCUGCGAUCGCAGUGAAGGGUUCAUAUCGAGCAAACAGCACCAGGCCACGGGUAACGUUGAGCCCGACCCAAGCCUUACGCAAAAGAACCCUCCCUCGAGUGCUUGUACAGCACACGAAUCCACCAUUUCGUUCCGAUUCCCAUCGUCGUCUGGGAGUCCGUCUCCUCCUCCCAUCCUACCAUCGUCGCCCGAUCUGGCGCAUCAAAACCAACCCGGGCCCUCCAACCCCUACCUCGCCCUCCCACCUCCUGAAGACAAGAUCACCGACCUUGACGAGUUACCCUCCGAACAACCACCCUUGCCCCCACCUACCACACCUGCUCCUACCAUGUCAGGACAUCACCACAUCACCCUCGCCGCCAAUCCUCCCUACUUCGAUGGCGACAAGUCCAAGUACCUGGGCUUUGUGGACGUGUGCACCACUUACAUCGGUGCCUAUCGGUCGGAGUUCUCGCUGGACGAGACAAAAAUCCUCUUCGUCCUGUCCUACCUCCGAAAUGAGAGCGGCACAAGCUGCGCCGCCUCAAGAUGGGCGAUGAACUGGAAGCAGCACAAUUUCGAGGGCUUCCAAGGACUAAAGGCGGGAGUCACCGCAACAAGCUUCUUGGAGGAGCUUCAGAGGGCCUUUGGGGAUUCCAACGCAGAGCAAGUCGCUGCCGCCCGACUCAUGGCCCUUUGCCAGGGCAGACGGUCCUUUGCGGACUACAUCUCCGACUUCGAAAUGCUGGCUGCAGACGCGCGGUACAACGUGGUCACUUCCACCGACAGCAAGGGCGAGUACAAGAAGGGGGAACAGGACAACAUCCUCAUCGAGUUCCUGGAGCGCGGACUCAGCAGCGAAAUUGCAAGCCGCCUCUACAACACCGGCGUUCCCCUGCCCAAGGCAUAUGGUGCCUUCAAGAACUGGUGUGUCAACAUCGAGGCCAAUGCCUUGCGCGAUCAGCUGCGUAAGGCCUCCUAUGCGCACUCGACUCCACUGCCUCCUCCCCAAUUCCGCCCUCAGGCAGCACCAGCGGCGCCCACGCCUGCUCCGACCCGACCGGCUUCCAACAAACCGGUCCUGAUGGAAAUCAAUCGCACCCAUGCCCGCGGCCGCAAUAUCAUCUGCUACAACUGUCAGCAGCCUGGACACAUCGCGCGGAAUUGUCCGGAGCCCAAGAAGAAGCGCACGUUCUUCAAUUGGGCCACAAUGCUGGAAGAGAUCGAGAACGGGGAUAAGGACAACGAGUUCCUCAAGGAGAUUGCCGAGAAGCUGCACGAGAAGGGUUUUUGA